CCGGCAUGAUGAGCCGUUAAUUGCUGUGCCGUUAUCCAUCUCGAGUGAACCCCCAAUCGUCGAGUCAUAGAGGACAUCGUGAUGGUGGGUUGAGUGCAGCUGACGUGGCGCGUUAUGUGUCUGAAAUCUCUGGUGUGGCUGUUCAGUUGGUCUGAGUUAUUUCGAACUACGCUUUCAAUAAAACGGAAUUUUCUAUGUGUCAAAAAGGCUGGUUGGCGCCAAAGCGACACGAAAAAGUCUCCACGAUCGGACAUCGUCGCGGACGACAAGCGAUAUUGAGUCUCUCAGCCGUCAAUGCAAAACCUGAACGCCAACAGGGGCGCGCUGACCGACCAGGACAAUUGCCCAAAUGCUCACUGGCCCGUAUCGAUAGCGGCGGCAGUUCUCGACUGACACCUGAGCGAUGUGGGUUUAUGGAAACGUCCUUCGACAGGUCAGAAGUACGAACCAACCGAGCAAGGUACUGGAAAGGGAAAAUACCCCGAACGGCCAGUCCCCGAAAAAAGACUCAUAGAACACGACAAGAAAAGCUGAGUUUCCAGGCAUUCUUGGCCGAAUCCGACUCAGAAGGAAAGGAAAACUCAUUUAGUAUUGCCACAAGCGCCCCAGGCGGUUGUCUCGUAACUUCAACUAUGACUGGAUCGGAGACGGCACAGCACCCCGACUUGACAACCAUCGAAAUCAUCUUUCAGUCUCACACGCCAGACCAUUACGACGCUGGGUCAAAACGAUUUUCGAGAAGCCGCAAUAGACGAGUUGCAGACGACAAUUUCGAGUUGCUCAGUGAUGGUUCGACUGCUCUCCUAGACUUGGACCGUCAGCCCGCGACAAUUGCAAACCCUCUCGCUUAGACUUUCCACGCUCUCGGCUGAACUACAACGAACGAGGUCCAACAACGAAUAGGCGUGUCAAUCCGAAUCGAGCUCCGCCAAGGGGCAUCUAGUCCAUUUUCAACUUCCCAGCCGCAAACUUUCAGCCGGUCAUCUAACAGCAGAUUUCUAGACCGUCCAUCAACGUCUCUGACAUUGUCGAAGCACGACCGGAUAACGAUGGCUUUCCUCGGAGUUCCGGAUGGAAAACACCUAUCGGCAACCGUCAGCAUUUGGAUGAGCCCCAGUCUGGA